UUACAAAUAGUUCAGUAAUAGACAUGGAAAAUGAAAGGUCAGUUCAUGUGAUUGGAUGUCCAUUGCCUCCGUAUUCGGAGGCCGUAACUGCGCCACCGAUGAGAAACGAAACCGGGCCACCUAUUGGUGUUCAUUAUCAAGGCUAUAAUCAACCAAUGGCACCAAGCUAUCCGCAGUCUUGGAUUCCUGUGGGCAUUAAUGUUCAACAACCUAACAGUUUUACUCCACAAUAUAAUCCACCGGCCAAUUACAUCGUUAGAAGCGAGAACAUAAUCUACGAAAACGACUCGUGCGUAGACACCUGUUGUGUUUGGUGUCUCUCAAUCGUGAUCAUCAUUAUUUUAGCAGUAAUUAUAAGGGUAGUAAUUUUGGCAGUGCUUGCAAGAUAGAUUGAUAAGAUGUGCUUACCUUGUAAAUACAAACCUAACGACGAACGAAAUUUGUAAAUAAAAAAACUCAGUAUUAUAUAACAAUAAAUAUAAUACUAGCAGUGAAA